AUGACCCAGCUCGACUCUCUACCUGCACCCUCACCAUUCAUGCUCUUCUCCAUAUUCCUGACGCCAUUCUGUCUGCUGGGCCGCAGUGGUGCUAUUGGGCAUAUCCCAUGGAGCGAUAUUGUGGGCGUCUCCAGCCCGGAAUCCGGACUCGCACAACUCUCACAGAUUGGAAUUACCUACAACAUUUCACGUGAGCUUGCAAUCCGCCCAGUCCAUGACCCUCGGGGAUCUCUCCGUAUCCCAGCUUAUCCUUCUGCACUCCUGCUUGGACCACAUAUUGGUCUUAGUAUUGAACAAAUCCCACUCCGUGUUCGCAAUGCCCUGGCCACUCGCUUUAAUAUCAAGUCGGGUGCAAACUCCCGCAAAGAGCUGCUCACUAUUCUCAGAGAAGCUACCUUCUUGGAGUGGACAAAGCUUCGUUGUAUUGACUCAACUGCUGGUGAUACUAUGGUUGCUGACCUCUCAUCUGCCUCACAUUCAAGAAGAGAAGACCGGCGGGAUCCUACGUUUGUGCGGUAUGAAAUGCUUGUGGACAUCUAUGCCAAUGACCGCAAACGAAAGUCGGAAUUUCAGCGUCAAACAUUCUUUGGUCAACUUCAGCAUAUCUAUCUCAUCAGUCUCAACAACCUCCAGCCCAUCAACAAGUACAAAAUUGGUGCAGGGGAGUGCAUUAUUAUGGUUGAGAUUCAGAACUGCAAGCUUGAUUGGAGUGAUGAGCGAACUGACACUCAUUAUUAUCAUGAAAAAGGCACAGUUGAUGCUGGUGAUGCCACUAUAUUGCAAUGCUUGGUUGGGCGGGUACCAGAUGGAUCACGAGGGUGGGCAAUUGUAGACCGAAGUGGUAGCUUAGCUCGGGCAGCAUAUUUAGAUGAUGAGGAAGAGUAG